UAUCAAACGUAGGUUGGGAUCUUGGUAUAGAAGGUUAUUAACAGUGUCUCAGUGAAAUAACCAGACAAGGGAAACCUUACGGUGUCAACAAAAGUCUACAUUUCACUGAUCGGACCAGUUGCUCAGGUGAAUUCCAUACAAACUGGUUGGCUGUUAAGGGAAGAUAGUGAGAUAAAGUCACUAUAAACAAAACAAACAAACAAAAAAAAAAAAGGGUGAAGUAUGGGUACAAAUCAAAGCAAAACCCCGAAAAAUGGGUUGACGGGGGAUGCAAAAUUUAUGUACACGAUGAAUGAAGGGAGUGUGCAGUAUCUUGACAAAUGGAAGAAGAAAUAUAAGUUUAAAGGGGGACUGUAUGCAGAGGACUGUAAAAAACUGUGUGAAGAAAUAGCCAAGGCGUGCAAAGGGGAUGAAAAACGAGAGAAAAAGGAAGGAAGGGCUGUUACAGGCAUACUUGUGGCUAGAAAAGAAAAGGAGUGAGUGCAGAAGACGAAAGAAACUUUUGUCUAUGGGCCAAGUAAAACGACAAGAUGAUGAUGGAACUAAUGCUGUGGCAAGCUCUGUGGUCUUGCACUCUGUUGUUGUUAAACAAGUACAGGACACCGCUCUGAUCCCCGACCUCGCGUCAUCCUCGCCUCCGACCGCACAGCGUACCAGGAAGGAGCUGCAGCUUGGGAACAGAUAAGUCUCAUUCCAGCUGCGGACACCUGGCGGAGCGGAGGUCGAGGCGGUGGACGGGGGCAGGAGAGGACCGUGGGGGCCGUGGGGGCCAUGGAGGCCGUGGGGGCGGUCGUAGAGAGAAAAGAGAACAUGAUGACAGAGAGAAGGAUGAGGAGCAGGACUUCUGACUAGCUUCCCCUGCAGAAUCAGGUCAUGCAAUCACACACACACAUACAUCCAGAACAGAAAACAAAAACUGAAGAUGCUGACUAUGAUUCUGAGGAAGUGGAGGGAUCAGAGUUUGAAUCUGUUGAAGUAAUGUUAGCCGAGUGGGAUGACAAACCUUUUGUGACUCUGCUGGUGAGGGGAGAGAAGUGUACCUUUUCGUGUGAUUCAGGAGCUUGCAAAACUGUGUUGAAGAAAAAAGAGUUUCCUGACAGUAGUCGGUUGACAAAACAAGAACUAUCAGUAGUGUCAGCUUCAGGACAUCAUGUGUCGGAGAGAUUGACAGAAAAAACAAAACUAACUGAUCCAGUAACUGGUUUUUCAGUAAUGUUGAAAAUGGUGGCCUCUGAUUAUUGCCCAGUCAAUCUCCUAGGCUGAGAUGGCAUGGCAGCAUUACAACUUGGAGUCACGCCAAGGGGUUGUGGUUUUCCGAAAAGCUCAGACUGAUUGUAUCUUUGUGAUUGAAGAUAAAAACAGGCCACGGUUUUGGUAUAGCAUUGACCCUGUUACAAAAGGCCCAGCAGCUAUCACUGCCGAACUGAGGAGAGAAGCGGCGAGUAUAACUAGGCCAGGUAAUGAAGUUCAAGGGGAAGGUGACAUGUGCGUGUUUACACACUCAAAUUGUCGCCCCUAGGACGCACUGGACGGACGUCGGUGCGUUAGUGGAGUUGGGGGGAGAGGGCCUUAAAAGGUUGAGUGCAGCAUGAGUCAGGGGGCUGAAUUGGGUAACAGUGGGAGCAGCCACCACUCAUUUGCAGCCCUCUUUGUGAUCAUUGCAGGAAAAAGUGUGUUUGCUGACAGAGGAGCAGGAAAAAGAGUUAGAAGAGUUACCUUCUGAACUGUGGAGUACAGGGAAAGAUGGUGAUAUCGGGUUGUUACGUACUGCCACACCUGUUACCAUUAAACCUAAAAGCUCUUAUAGACCGUUUGUCAAACAAUAUCCGUUGAAGCCAGAAGCUGAGGAAGGUAUUUCAGAAGUGAUAGACAGUUUGAUAAAACAAGGGGUUUUAGUUGAUUGUCCUGACUCACUUCCGGGUGGCGGUUAGUAAAUGAUUUACAAGCUGUGAACCGAGCUGUAGUUCCACGAGCUCCAAACGUGCCAGACCCCUACACUCUUCUGAACAACAUAAAACCCACUAAUGUCUGGUACUCAGUGAUUGAUUUGACGAACGCAUUUGUUACCAUUCCUUUGAGCCCUGAGUCACAGUUUUGGUUUGCGUUUACGUUUAAACACAGACAAUUGACGUAUUCAAGACUUCCUCAAGGGUUUCAAGAUAGCCCUACUAUCUUUUCACAAGAAAUUAAAAAAUGUAUUGAUCGUUUUGAACCUCCUGAAGAGGAGUCUCAGAUUUUGACUUAUGUUGAUGAUAUCCUUGUGACUUCUAGCUCUCAACAAAAGUGCAAAAACAUGACCUUGGCCUUGUUGAGAUAUCUAGCUGCAGCUGGUGUUAAAGUCUCUAAAUCUAAACUCCAGCUGUGGAGUCAGGAGGUGAAAUAUUUGGGCUACACGCUAACUCCUGAAGGCCGUGUGUUGGAUGAACAGAGAAAAACAACUGUUCUGCAGUUACCACAGCCUACAACAAAGCGAGAGAUGAUAUCUUUUCUUGGUACUUGCAACUUUUGCAGGUUAUCGAUUGCUAAUUAUGCCGAAAUUGCACAACCAUUACAGAAUAUGAUUUAUGGUAAAGCAAUGGCUGCUUCAGAUAAGGUAGUGUGGACUGAGGAGGGCGAGCAGGCUUUCACAAAGUUAAAGCAGUUGAUAGCUUCUUCAUCUGUACUUGCCUUACCUAACAUGAAAAAGGAUUUCAUACAAACAGUGGAUUGCAAAAAUGGUUUUAUGACAUAUGUCCUGUUACAGGAGUAUGGGGAUAAAUUAAGACCUGUCGCUUUCUAUUCCUCCAGACUUGACCCAGUAAGCAGAGCCCUGCCCGGAUGCCUGCAGGCGGUGGUGGCAGCGGCUAUGGCAGUGCAGACCUCAGCUGCUUUGGUUUUGUUUAGGCCACUGACUCUUAGAGUGCCACAUGCUGUCUCUUUGCUAUUGCUGGAGCACAAACAUUCACACAUGUCACCAGCAAGACACUUAUCUUGCAUAGCCACAUUGUUAGGCCAGCCAAACUUGACCAUUGAGAGAUGUACGGCUUUGAAUCCAGCUACGCUCCUUCCAACACCUGUAGAAGGGAUUCCUCAUGAUUGUAUGGCAAUUACCGAUGAAUUAACCCUACCUCGCGCUGAUUUGAUUGACACGCCUUUACCUGAUGCAGACAUUGUGAUGUUUGUAGAUGGUUCUGCAAGCAAACAUGUAGAUGGGACUAACAGAGUUGGUUAUGCUGUAGUUACACUGCAUGAAGUCUUAGAGUCUGGAGCUUUGCCUUCUAAUUUCUCUGCCCAAGCAGCAGAAUUAGUUGCGUUGUCAGCGGCGUGCAGGUUAGGGAAAGAUAAGAAGGUCACGAUCUGGACAGACAGUCAGUAUGCCUUUUCCACUUUGUUUACCUUUGCACAGCAGUGGAGGAACCGAGGAAUGAUAACAUCCACAGGUCGGCCAGUAACACAUAAGGAUUUACUGUUGAAAUUACUUGAUGAAAUACAGCUGCCUGCCAAGGUCGCUGUCUGCAAGUGUGUGGCACAUACAAACAAUACCGACAGUGUGUCUCGUGGGAACAGGAAGGCAGAUGAAGCAGCAAAGAAAGCAGCUCGCGGGAGUGUUAGUCAUUCUUUCUCUGUACAGAUUGACAAAGCUCAAGUAACCACUGACUUUUUAAUGGACAUGCAACAUAGCUCUCCUAAACAAGAAAAACAGUUUUGGAAGACUAAGGGAGUUAGUCAAGACGCAGAUGGUCUUUACAUCUGACCUGCAGAGGUGCCCGGUCUAUGGAAGAUGAUGUCAUCAGCCACGCUCAGGAUGUCUGGCUGAGAAUGAUCUCAGCAAGGAAAUCACACUCCACCAUGUACACACUUAACUUUUGGUAUUCCUAUGCCAAGUAUGUUGCUGAAUCCAAGAACCGCUCUAAUUGCUAUGUGUGCAGCCAUAUGCCGAUUGCUACAAACAACCCCCAUGUUGUCCCCAGACCUGUUAAAGACUUAAAGAGUUUGUUUCCUGAUAUCUUGGUUUCUAGUGUUGACUCAACAGUUUUAAAUCAAACAGUUUUUAGGACAACUGGAAAUGUGUUGCCACCCCUGCGGCCUUCCUCAGGUCGAAAGUUUUCUAGGUUUAAGAUUCUCAGUGCCGGGAGUGAACCCUUGUUUGGGCCGGUCCAUUUGAGACCCGAAAUUAAAUUUGAUUGUUUUGCUCAAAAAUUAGUUCUGUCUGAGUCCUCCUCCAUCAGAGUAGGAAAGAUCCCAAAACUUUUCUGCUCUACUAUUUCGAGUCCUUGUACUUCGAACAUUGGCAAAGCAUCUCUAAAUUAUUCUCAGGUAGUGAUGGGCAGUGCGUGUGCACCUUACUUCACCAUGCCAGACGUCCUUGGGACAUAUCCACAGACUGAUGUAAUGUUUCUCUGUGGGUACUACAUGUAUGCUCAACUUCCUCCUGGCUGGGUGGGUCGCUGUGCGGCUGUGGAGCCGACUGAUCAGUCCUUCAUUGUUUCAGCUAUGCCCCACCCUGGUGAACUUCCGGGUAAGCAGCGUAUGAGGAGAGAUGUAAGUCAGCCGCAUGAUCCUGUCUGGUGCUCUAAUGUUCCAGAAGACCAUAAGUUGUGGUCCACGGGUGGGUAAAGUGAUGCUGAGGAUGGAAACUAUGAACUACAGGUUCUCUGGGUUCGUAAACACUACGCUGGCUAUGUGGCAGGCUGAACGGGAGGAGUUGAGAGGCCUCAGGGCCGUUGCCCUUCAGAACCGCAUUGUGCUAGAUCAACUCACUGCAGCCACUGGAGGUGUGUGUGCUCUCGUAGGUGCCUCAUGCUGCACGUACAUCCCUGCUAAUGAUGAUGAGGGAGGAGUCAUUCAGCAGGCUAUUGCUAAUCUGACCUCAUUGCGUGAUGCUGUUGAUCAUGACUCAAAAUUUGACAGGUCCUGGUUCAUAACCGGUCCAUGGUACGCUGUUUGUUUGAAAUUAUUGGCUCCAGUCACCCCAUUUUUGAUUCUGAUCUUUGUAAGUGUUUGUUGCAUCAUUCCCAUUAUCAAGGCACUGGUAAAGAAGUCUGUAGCUGUGGUCAUGCACCAGGAAGCAAGAUAUCAAGAACAACUUCUACUUUUGGAUAUGUGAUGUAAUGUUACAAAAGAAGGAUUCUUUAUGACAUUAAUAUUGAAAAUCGUGAGAAGUGAUAUUGACUGAUUGUAACUUACUGAUGUGAUGUAUUUUGAUCAUUUUCAUCAAUUAUGUCUACAUGUUUGGUUUGGAUUAAAGAGACGCUUGACUUCAACCAACCUCAGUCUAUUUGGUAAUUUUUACCUAUCAAAAUGUUGAAAUGUACUUAAUUUUAUACGGACUUCCUGAUUAAUAUGCAGGUAUUUAACAGUAAAUUCUUCAGACAUUUUACAGAGAAGGUCUUGGAAUUUGGUACAAAUUGUAAGAAAAAAACCCCAGAAAAUAGUGUUAAGUUGGUUAAUAGUUGGUAAGUUGUUCAUUUGCAAAGGUUAUUUUCAGUGUGUAGUUUUGUGUAUCAAAGGAUUUUUUAGUGUAUUUCAGUAGAGGUAGCUGCUGCGUGUCUGUUCAAUCUCAGGGCGUUUCUCUGAAAGCUUUCUGUAAACAGGAAAUGUGCUCAUUAUAGUUUUUAAGAUGAUAUGCUGGUAUAAUUUGACACACUGAAAACUGAGUAUUUUCUGUCAGUUACAGAAUGAAGAAUCCUACUAAUUAAGAGUUCUUGUAAAUUAAUAACUAUGUUGAAAGUCCAAACACAAUAAAUCAGCACUUAUUGACUAAACCAACUUUUAUCUUUUUCUUGUAAUUUGUACCAAAUUGCACCACGACUCUGAAAAAUGUCCUAAAAAUGAAAUGUUAAAUAUCUGCAAAUUUACUUAUAAGCAUUACCAAAAAAUGUCACUUUUAAAACCAAAUCUGGUCCAAUUUUAACACCUGAAUGUUUUCUUCAGUCAGAGAGACUAAUGACACACGAGAUUAAUGAGAUUUAUGUUCCUGUUACCGGAGGGUUUUUUCCAAAAUAAAGUCUGUACAGAUGCUGUGAAAACAUUAACGUCUGAUGAGUUCAUGUGUUUCCUCUUCCUCUCCUGUAACUGUGUGUAGUGUGACGACCAGAAUAUUUAUUAAAAUAAAUGUUGAAUGUGGAGUUUAGUUCACAUGUUACUCUGAACACGGAGACUCGUUGUUGGUGCUGUUAAUGUUUUAAUAUUAUGUGUUUAAAUUAUAUUUAA